UGUCCUUUACCAAUAUCUUCUCCUUUUUAUAUAGUACUAUUUCAAGGCCCGGCGAUGAUCCAUUAAUAGCAAAGCAAACUCUCAAUAUUUCCACUCUCUCAGCAAACUAACAAAAUUUCCAAGAAAGUUUCAGUUGAUCAAUAAUGGCUUCAUCAGCUGCAAUGAAAAUCCCAUUUUCCAUGCACAAACUGGAGGAAAAAACUCCAUUCUUAGGCAAGAAAAUCAGCUUCUCACCACGUAACAAAUGUUACCUGAAACAAAAACACUACAAACCCAUGAAAGUAGUGAACGAAAAGGUAGUUGGAAUAGACUUAGGUACAACAAAUUCAGCAGUAGCAGUAAUGGAAGGUGGACAACCUACAAUAGUAACAAAUGCUGAAGGACAAAGAACUACGCCUUCAGUAGUAGCGUAUACCAAGAAUGGUGACAGAUUAGUUGGACAGAUAGCGAAAAGACAAUCUGUUGUGAAUCCAGAGAACACUUUCUUCUCAGUGAAGAGAUUUAUAGGAAGGAAAAUGGCUGAAGUUGAUGAAGAGUCGAAGCAAGUAUCAUAUAGAGUUAUGAAAGAUGAGAAUGGAAAUGUUAAACUUGAAUGUCCUGCUAUUGGUAAACAGUUUGCUCCUGAGGAAAUUUCUGCUCAGGUGUUGAGGAAGCUUGUUGAUGACGCCUCAAAAUUCUUGAAUGAUAAAGUUGGUAAAGCAGUGAUUACAGUACCUGCAUACUUUAAUGACUCCCAGAGAACUGCUACAAAAGAUGCAGGUCGCAUUGCCGGAUUGGAUGUUCUCCGUAUAAUUAAUGAACCAACUGCUGCUUCCUUGGCUUAUGGAUUUGAGAAGAAGAGUAAUGAAACUAUUCUAGUCUUUGACCUGGGAGGUGGUACCUUUGAUGUGUCAGUUCUUGAGGUUGGAGAUGGAGUGUUUGAGGUGCUUUCUACCUCAGGCGACACACACUUGGGAGGUGAUGAUUUUGAUAAGAGAAUCGUGGACUGGCUUGCUGAAACUUUUAGGAAAGACGAAGGAAUAGACCUUCUAAAAGACAAACAAGCGCUUCAGCGUCUUACUGAAGCUGCUGAAAAGGCAAAGAUAGAAUUGUCAACCUUGACUCAAACUAAUAUCAGUUUGCCAUUCAUCACUGCUACUGCAGAUGGUCCGAAACAUAUUGACACAACACUUAAAAGGGCCAAGUUUGAGGAGUUAUGCUCAGACUUAUUGGACAGGCUUAAGACACCAGUUGAAACUGCCUUAAAGGAUGCCAGUCUUUCCUUAAAAGAUAUACAUGAAGUAGUUCUUGUUGGUGGAUCAACACGAAUACCAGCUGUCCAAAACCUUGUCCGCAAGCUGACUGGUAAAGAGCCUAAUGUUUCCGUCAAUCCUGAUGAAGUAGUUGCUCUUGGAGCUUCAGUUCAGGCUGGUGUUUUGGCCGGAGAUGUUAGUGACAUUGUGUUAUUAGAUGUAACUCCAUUGUCACUUGGUCUGGAAACUCUGGGUGGAGUUAUGACAAAAAUCAUCCCAAGAAAUACAACACUACCGACUUCAAAGUCUGAAGUUUUUUCAACUGCGGCAGACGGGCAAACCAGUGUGGAGAUUAAUGUGCUGCAAGGUGAAAGAGAGUUUGUGAAAGAUAACAAGUCUAUUGGAAGGUUCCGUCUGGAUGGAAUUCCUCCAGCUCCCAGGGGCGUUCCCCAGAUCGAAGUAAAAUUUGAUAUUGAUGCCAAUGGUAUUCUUUCUGUCACGGCUACUGAUAAGGGUACAGGAAAGAAGCAGGACAUUACCAUAACUGGUGCUAGCACUUUGCCCAAAGAUGAGGUUGAUAGAAUGGUUCAAGAAGCUGAGAAGUUUGCUAGAGAGGACAAGGAUAAGAGGGAAGCCAUAGACACAAAGAACCAAGCAGAAUCUGUUGUAUAUCAAACAGAGAAGCAGCUAAAAGAGUUGGGAGAUAAGGUGCCUGCUGACGUUAAAGACAAAGUGGAAUCAAAACUGAAAGAGCUAAAGGAUGCCGUAUCUGGUGGUUCUACUCAAACCAUUAAGGACGUGAUGGCUGCAUUGAACCAAGAAGUAAUGCAGCUGGGACAGUCUAUAUACAGCCAGCCAGGUGCUGCUGGUGCGGGGCCUACUCCUGGUGCUGGUACGACGGGAGCAUCUGGUUCCACUGGCAAAGAUGAUGGAGAUGAAGUUAUCGAUGCAGACUUCAGCGAAAGCAAUUAAGAAUCCAAAUGUGUCAGAUUUCUGUAUGUAUCUUUUUGCAACACCAAGGUAUAUAUUUCGUGUAAGUUGCAGAUGGGGCUAGUUUGCUAGAGGUGUAAUGAAGUUGAAUCAGUCUCCGAAACCAAUCUUGUGUAAAUCUGGAAAUGCAUGUAAGUUGAAUGGAAAAACCAGAGACAUUCCUUUUAGAAUCUUGACAUGACUGUCCAAUUAGUACUGUAGUUGUACAUCAGAGCAACAUAUAUAGCACAGGUCCAGUCUUGUGUGUCAAAGAAGUUGAGCUUAGUCAAUCUUCUGUAUCCUCCAGAAUGACCUCUUAAAGUUGAGCCUGGUAGUAGGUUAACUAUAGUACCACUAUUGUUAAAUAGGUUUUUUUUUUUUUU